AUGGGUGAAGUAUCAAAGGCUAAGGAUGAGUUCAACACAGAGUCUAUACAUUUUGGCAUGUUAGAACAAGUCCUUGACACAAGCUCAGCAAGAGAAUCCUUGGUUUACAGCUACAUAAAGAGUUUUAAUGGGUUUGCAGCUAAGCUCACAAAGCAAGAGCAAAAGAAGCUCCAAGGCAUGGAAGGUGUGGUUUCUGUCUUUCCAAGUAAAACCCUGCAACUUCACACAACAAGAUCAUGGGAUUUCUUGGGUUUCCCAACAACUGUAAAGAGAUUGCCUACUGUCGAGAGUGAUGUCAUUAUCGAAGUGAUUGAUAGUGGAAUCUGGCCUGAAUCUGAGAGCUUCAGUGAUGAAGGGAUUGGACCUCCCCCAAAACAAAUAGAAGGGUAUUUGCCAAAACAUCAACUGCAACAACAAGAUAUCAUGACUGCAUUUGAUGAUGCAAUUGAAGAUGGUGUUGAUAUCAUAUCAGUUUCUCUUGGAUUUUUGUUCGUGAGACCAUUAUUCGCAGAUGGGAUCUGCAAUUGGUUCUUAUCAUGCAAUGAAGAAAGGAGUUGUUUUGAUGAUGGUUUGGAGGAAAAAGUAGUGAAAGGGAAGAUUGUCUACUGCGAUAAGUAUGUUCUUGCUUUUCCCAUUGUUCUAGGACCCUACUUUGCUAAUGCUUCAGGAAUGGUGCUUCGAGACAAUUCUGGAAAUGAUGAUACACCCAAUGCUUUUCUUGUAGCUGGAACAGCUCUUACCGUUGCUGAAGCCACAAGAUUUGAGAAGUAUUUGAAUACUACCAGGUUAAUUGAAUAG